UUUCACUUUCAUGUUGCAUGAAGUUGUCAAGAAGCAUUUUAAAAGGGAUUAGGGCAAUGACAGCGACACGGAUACUUGUCAAUCUGCAGAAUGUUAAUAAAAACGAAGACCGUCCUAAUCCUGCAAGUUUCACACAAAGUGUAAUUGAGCAUUUUGGGACAACGGGAGACAAUGUUACGGAAGUAAAUGCGUAUCUACAGGACAACAAGCUUGUUCUGUCCAAUGACUGGACGAAAGGCCAGCCCGUAAAGCUCAAGCGCCCCUCUUUUUGCCCCAUUACAAAUCUGACGUCACCAAUCCGGGACGAUUUACCAGACGACACAAAGAGUCGUGGGAUCGACUCUGGGGUAGCUCUUAUACUGGAGUCAGCAGACGGCAAGGUACUCCUGACUCGGCGUGCGAAGACUUUGCGAACCUUCCCUGGAGUUUGGGUACCUCCUGGUGGUCAUCUUGAAGAAAACGAGACGUUUGCGAUGGCUGGACUUCGUGAAUGUCACGAAGAGACCGGUUUAAAGAUGCGUCCUCAGCAGUUUGUCUCGGAAGAUCUAAAGGUGCUGGCUUUAUGGGAGUCGGUGUAUCCUACAAAGUUAACCAUUGGACCACCAAAGCGUCAUCACAUUGUAGUUUAUUUGUACGGAAAAUUAAAACCAGGCUUUGAUGCCAAUACGAUGAACAAACAACUUCAGUUGGAACCAUUAGAGACUGACGCAUGCGCGUGGUUAGACAGAGAUUUAGUAAAACGCAUCACGGAAGCAGAUGAGGAAAAGGCUACAGAACAUGGGUAUAAGCCAAAGGAAUCUGUUGCGAAAGGCGAAUAUGUGAGAGGGCAUAUAAUAGAUGAGGACAAUCGACAAGUAGAAGGAAACAUCCCCCUAGAGCCUCUGCUAACAGUGUCAGGAGCUGUAAGUGACCACGAGAGAGUCAGCACCGGGACUAAGUUUGCCCUAGAAGAAUGGCUCCAACGUGUGUAGCCAUUCGCUUGUGUUAGUGACAAAUUUAUUAUAUUAUUUCUCAUUCUUGUGUACACGUGAACAUAUUCAACGUAUUUCCUUGUUUUUCGAUGUGUUUUUUUCCCAACCUCAUUGGAAAACCAUGGUUAGUAAUAAUAGGACAGGAAAGGAUAUGGAGAGAGAUACAUGUACUCUCUGCGCAAGUUUGACGGUAAUGAUGAACAUUUAGAAUUUAAAUUCAAUCGAACAUAAGAAAAGAAUUUUAAUGUUAUACGUUGGAAAACGACGUUAUUUAGAGUUUUGUUAAUUUUAAAUUAAAGUUUUUUAAUUCAUGAAAUUUGUUAAUUUUAAAACUGUUUAAGAAAUCAUUCAAUUUAUGCAGCAAAAUUUUCCUGCUUUAAAAACUGAUAUACUUUCGUAAUUAAAUCUUCAUUUGUUUUUUAGUGGUGAAUGAGAUCCCUGAUCUUAGAUUGAUUUAAAAACUUUAAAAAAUAUUUUUUUAAUUAUAAGAAUACAAUACUAGUACAUUAUAAACAUUUUCAGGAGUAAGCAGGUUAAAUCAAGAUAAUAUUAAUUUUUUGGCUUUCAAAUAUAUCAAUAUGAUAAGAAAUAACAUUAGAAAUCUUAUACAUGUAUCUGAAAAAGAUAAUUAUGAUAAUUCAUACAAAUGAUUGUCAAAUUAUAGUAAAAACAUCCACAGUUUCAAAAGUCUCGUAGUUGUAUGUGUGUGUCUAAUUUAUUAAAAUUAUUCUGCAUUUUAUACAUUAAAAUGAUAACAAACUUUUACAA